AUGAAAAAUUUUAUGUGGCAUUUUGUUAUACUUGUUUUUAUUUUUAUAAAUAAGAAAAUAAAAUGUUACAAUAUAAUCUUGAAUAAUACUAAAUUUCUAACAAGCCAAACUAAAGAAAUAGAUGAGCCCAUCUUUUCAAAGCUUGAAAAAUUGAAACAAGAUGAAAAAAAAAACAAAAAAUAUAAACAGGAGGAAAGUUUAAAAGAAGUAAAUACAAAUGCAUUAGAGCUGGUUAAGGAUUUCUUUUUUAAAAAUAAAAUUGAACAAGAAGAAGAAGAAGAAGAAAAGAAAAAAAAUAAGUUAUAUUUAAAAAAUGAUGUAAGGGCAAAUGAUUUAGAUAGUUUCUCAUAUAUUCAUAAUAAUAAUGAAGACGAUUCAUCGAAUGAUAAUAUAAAUGGUAAUAAGUAUUAUAAUAAUAGAAAACAAAAUGAUAAUGAUAAUAAUAAAGGAGAUUAUAAUAAUAAAGGAGAUUAUAAUAAUAAAAGAAAUUAUAGUAAAGACAAUGAUAAGGAUGAAUAUAAUAAAUAUUACACAGAUUAUGAUAAUAAUGAUUACAAUAAUGAAGAAAAUUAUAAUGAUUAUAAUAUUGAAGAAUAUAAUAAUGAAAUAAAGAAAGAAAAAGAAAAAGAAAAAGAGAGCGAUAGAAAGCAAAUGUUCAAACUUGCCAUAGAAUUAAAAAAUGGCUCAAAAAAAAAAAAAAAAAAUAUUAAUAAAUGUAUAGAAAUUUUUCAAAAAUUAAUAACAGAUAAAAAUGAUAAAAUAACACGUUCAUCUUAUUAUGAAUUAGGGAAAAUAUAUUUUUUUGGAUAUAAAAAUUAUUUCUUUUCAUAUAAAAGAAAUGUAAACUUAAGUUUGCAUUAUCUACAAAAAGCUGCAAUGAUGAAAAAUCCGGCAGCCUUACACUUUUUAAGUUUUAUUUAUUUUUAUGAUUUUCAUAAAAUCGAAGAAAAUAAGAAACGUAACGAAAAAAAAUAUAUUCAAAAUGUACAAAAUGUAAAUAACAUAAAUAACAUAAAUUAUGUACAGAAUUUACAACAAAAUGAAAAUUUUAUUAAAAAAUCCAUUGAAUUUGAAAUGAUCGCAGCUUCGCUAAAUUACAUCCCAUCCAUUUUAACACUCGCAUAUAAAUUCUUGUAUGGUAUUAAUAUGAAACAAAAUUGUUACAAAGCUAAGAAAUUAUAUAAAAAUGUUGCUGAGAAUGUUAUGAACUCUGAUUAUAUUAAUAUCCCUCUUUCGGAACUAGAUUUAUUAAACGGAGAAAAUUUAAAUAUGCAUAAUGAAAUUAAUAACAUGAAAAAUAAUGAAGAAGAAAUUCUCGAAUUCUUAAAUGAACAAAUUAAAGGAGGUGAUGUAAUGGCCAUGUAUGACCUUGGGAAAAAAUAUAAAGAAGAAAAAAACUUUAAACAAGCUUUCAAAUAUAUUAACGAAGCUUCAAAAAAAAAUAAUUUACUAGCCCUAAAGGAGUUGGGAAUUAUUUAUUUGUAUGGAUAUGGAGUUCAGAAGGACAUAAACAAAAGUAUAGAAAACUUUUCAAAGGCUGCUGAAGCUGGUGACGUGGAAUCCAAAUGCUAUUUAGGGUACAUUUAUUAUUUCAUCGAUGGGUAUAAAAAUUUAGAGUUGUCAUUAAAAUACUUGAUUGAAGCAGCUAGCCACGAUUAUGGAGAAGCUUUUUUUUUCUUGGCAGAAAUUAUUUUGGACAUAUCGAUGAGAAAGCAAUACAUAUCUGAUUAUGUGUAUGAAGUGGUAUUUAAAUUAUAUGAGCAUUCCGCCGAUUUGGGUUAUGUUCAGGCAUAUUUCAGAGAAGCCCAAUUGUAUGAAAUUGGGAAGGGUGUAAAGCAGUCUUGUUUGAAUGCAACAUUAUCUUAUAAAUUUAUAGCUGAAAGUACCUUAUGGAUAAAUAACAUAAGACAAGGUAUGGAUUAUUAUCUUGAAAAGGAUUACUUGAAAGCGUUUUAUACAUAUGCAUUGGCAUCAUAUGAGGGAUAUGAAAUUGCUCAGAAUAAUUUAGUAUAUAUUUACAGGACAAACAAAUUGAAUAACGUCAUACAUCCAAGGAAAAUUAUGUUGGUAUUAAAUUUAUUAUAUAAGCAAGGAAAUUAUAAGGCUUUAUAUGAAAUGGGGGAAAUAUAUAAAGAACAAAAUAAAGAGGAAUUAUCUGUAUCAUAUUAUAAGUUAGGCUUAAAAAAAGGUGAUUUGAGAAACUUAUUACCUUUAUCAAUGUAUUAUGAAAAGCAUAAGGACCAUGAUAGGGCCUUGAAAUAUAUGAACUACUUCAUAAAACAAAGAAAUAGAGAGAAAGAAAUCAGCAACACAAAACUGGAGAAAAUAAAAAAUGUUCUUGAAAGCACGUUGUUAUAUUUUCGUAAAUAUAAAUUAUUUUUUAAAAACAUGUAUAAUUUUAAACAAAAAAAUAAAGUGCAAUGA